UGCGCGUAAACGGCGCGGAGGCGGAGCCAGAGGAUAAAUGUGCAGCUGAAGGGAAGCGGUGAAAGCUCCGAGGUUCUCCUUCCGCCCUCCGUGUGUGCACGCAGCAGUCUGAUAUCGCUGGGAGGAAAAUGUCCUGCGGGCUGUGGAAAGAGACCUUGGCUCUGGCAGAGGACUACCUGUACCUGUGCUGCAGCAGCCCACGGCCGGCCCCUCCACCUCCCAGCGGGUCAGCCGCUGCCAUGAGGCUCCUGGCCUGGGACAUGGAGACCCAGCACCAGGCCCGCUUCCACGCCCUCGCCCAGACCUUCCUCAGGCAGUGCGGGCCGGACCCCUGCUCCAGCCUCCGGCAGGUGAUGGAGGAGCUGGUGGGGGACGGACACUUGAACUGGGGGAGGGUUGUUUCCCUUUUCGCUUUUACCGGGGUGCUGGCCAGGCAGCUCCUGGAGCAGAAGGCCACGAAGCUGGGGCUGGACCCUGGGCAGGAACUAGGACAGGAGCCCGGAAGCUGCAGGGGACUGGCGGAGACCAUAGCCGACUACCUGGGAGAGGAGAAGAAGGACUGGCUGCUGGAGAAUGACGGAUGGGAGGGGUUCUGCAAGUUCUCCCGCAGCGCCAGAGAAGUCGGCCACGACUCGUCCAUGAAGAAAGCGCUGUUUGCUGCUGCUGGCGUGGGCCUCGCCGGCCUCACCUUCCUCCUGGUGCGCUAGCCUCUCUCCUCCUCCUCCUCCUCCUCCUCCCCCAUCCCAAACAAACGCUCGUCCAUGUUCUCAUUCCAUUUGGCACAGUAGACAUUUUGAAAUUUUAACGUUGGUGCUGCAACAAAAAAAACGGGCUUUAUCUGUAGUGAAUUCAGGGUUGUAUCUCACGUCAUCAACUGAAUGUUUGCGCGCACACACACACACACACAUUGAUACUGACAUCUUGUCAACCAUUCCUUACGAUUGUAAAAUUAUCUCAAUGCCUUCAAACAUUAGAGUAAGUGAUGUCCGCUUGCAUAUCAGACCGGCAGAUAAAAAAAA